CGCACAAAAAGGAGGAUCAACUGUUUGAAGAUUAUAAUUUAUUUUUAAGAUCCAUAAGCUUAAGAUUAGGCGCUUUCGGCUUAUAAGCGGGGAUUCGAGACGUGUCUUACUCAUUACCAUCUGCCCUUCCCUCAAGAUCAAAUCGAGAGAGUAGACGCGUCUCUGCGGUCUCUGCAAUUUACAUUCAGCUCAAAAUAUGACUUUCUCCGCGAUUUUGAUCACUUUGUACGCUUGCAUUUUGCAAACAAAUGCACAAGUUUUUUCCCCAGGACUUUGUCCAGAAGUGACUGUGCAGCAAAACUUUGAUUUGCCCGCGUACCUUGGUCAAUGGUUUGAAUACAAAAGCUACCCAGCAGUUUUCCAGCAAGGCGGAGAAUGCGUCACUGCCACUUAUAAGGACAAUUUGAAUGGCACGGUUGGCGUGAAAAAUUACUUGGUCAACGCAACAACUGGUACUUCUGAUGUAAUUUACGGCUACGCAAAAGUCGCUGACGUUGACAGCGGAGAAGGCAAGCUUCUCGUCAGCUUCCCCACUGUUGAGAGAUACGACAGUCCCUACUGGGUGCUGAGCACCGACUACACAAAUUACGCAGUCGUUUGGGCGUGUACACCUGCGGGCAGGUCAAAUAUCCAGUUCUCCUGGGUUCUCACGCGCCAAAGGAUCCCUGACGAAGCAACCAUUGCAAAAGCGGAAGGUGUUAUCAACGCCAAUAGUCUCCAGGAUAAAUACAAGAUAACAAAUCAGCAGAAUUGCGCCAGCUGCGGGCGCGGCCAAUGAAUGAUGCUCCAUUAUUGUCUCCAGUGACUGUCCAAAAUUUGCCUAAUUUAUUUAUCGAAACACAUGAUGACAAAUGAUUUAUAACAUUCGAAAUUGGGAAAUAAAUUUAUUAUUUCGAUUUUUUAACCAAA